UCGAACCUGGGACCCUGCAGUCCGCCACUCUGUCCACUGAGCCACAGCUGCCAGGCGUGCGUGCCCUUCUUGACCUCCCCGAGACCCUCGCAGGCAGCUCGCACCUCCCAGGCCCAGUGCGUGCCGGUCCCUGAGGCCCAGGCCACACCAUCUCCUGUCCCAGAGGCCUCCCCACGGCCUGCAGGGAGCCAGGUCCCCUGCCUGCGGCUCUCCGUGUCCUGCUGGGACGGACUCAGGGACCCACACAUGGAGCUGCGGGAGGAGGCCUGGUCGCCGGGGCCGCUGGAUUCCGAGGACCAGCAGAUGGCCAGUCACGAGAACCCAGUGGACAUCCUCAUCAUGGACGAUGACGACGUGCCCACCUGGCCCCCCACCAAGCUGUCCCCGCCCCCGUCGGCGCCCCCCGCCGGCCCUCCGCCCCGGCCGCGGCCGCCGGCGCCCUACAUCUGCAACGAGUGCGGCAAGAGCUUCAGCCACUGGUCCAAGCUGACGCGGCACCAGCGCACGCACACAGGCGAGCGGCCCAACGCCUGCACCGACUGCGGCAAGACCUUCUCGCAGAGCUCGCACCUGGUGCAGCACCGGCGCAUCCACACGGGCGAGAAGCCCUACGCCUGCUCCGAGUGCGGCAAGCGCUUCAGCUGGAGCUCCAACCUCAUGCAGCACCAGCGCAUCCACACGGGCGAGAAGCCCUACGCCUGCCCCGACUGCGGCCGCAGCUUCACGCAGAGCAAGAGCCUGGCCAAGCACCGGCGCUCGCACAGCGGCCUCAAGCCCUUCGUGUGCCCGCGCUGCGGCCGCGGCUUCAGCCAGCCCAAGAGCCUGGCGCGCCACCUGCGGCUGCACCCCGAGCUGUCGGGGCCCGGCGUGGCGGCCAAGGUGCUGGCGGCCAGCGUGCGCCGGGCCAAGGCGCCCGACGAGGCGGCGGCGGCGGACGGCGAGAUCGCCAUCCCGGUGGGCGACGGCGACGGCAUCAUCGUGGUGGGCGCGGCCGGGGAGGGCGCGGCGGGGGCGGCAGGGGCGGGCGCGGGGGCCAAGGCGCCAGGGCCCCGCUCCCGGCGCGCGCCCGCCCCCAAGCCGUACGUGUGCGUGGAGUGCGGCCAGGGCUUCGGGCAGGCGGCCGCGCUCCUGGCGCACCAGCGCGCCCAGCACGAGGACGCGCUCGGGGCGGGCGGCGAGGAGCCCGCGCACAUCUGCGUGGAGUGCGGCGAGGGCUUCGUGCAGGGCGCGGCGCUGCGCAGACACAAGAAGGUCCACGCGGUGGGCGCGCCCUCCGUCUGCAGCCGCUGCGGACAGAGCUACUACCGCGCCGGCGGGGACGAGGAGGACGACGGGGACGAGGCGGCGGGCGGCCGGUGCAGCGAGUGCCGCGGCGGGGAGGCCCGGUAGGGGUGGGGGCCCGGGGGGGCAGGGCCCCUCGGGCUCGGCGGGAGCGACGGCGCAGGACCCAGAGACCCGGGAGAAAUGGACCGAGGGGCCCGGACCCGCAGCGACCUCCCUCCCGGGCCCGUCCCGGGGCGCAGGGGCCAGGGCAGGGGCGCCGGGUGCUCCCUCGCCACCCAGCCCGCUGCGCCCUCCCCGCCGAGCGCGGACCGGCUGCCCCCGUAGGUUCUCGGCGGAGCCCGAGAUCGACGAUGUGAACUAGCGACCAAGCGACAAGCCCACCGUGAACCCCGCGCCGCUUUCUCCCCCUCCGAGGGGGCGCGGCAGAGCCGGGAGCAAUCGGCCCUCCAUUCAGAGGGGCCCAGGGGGAGGGGAAGAGGGUCCUUCUCCCUUUUAGAGUUUUCUUUCAAUUGUACCCGCCCCACCCGUCACCAUUAUUCUCUCCCCCCCGCGGGCCCCACCCUCCUUCUCGCCCAAGCCCGCCCUCCCCGGCCUGGGUCUGGGGCGCCGGAGUGCGGAGCGGAGGGGCCCCCGGAGAACCGUCCCAUUCCGUGGCCUGGGCGCGUGGAGGAGGGGUGCGGGCCAAUAAAUGGCACCAUCCGACUGUC